GGUUUACUGGCAAAAAAUAAAAGCCUUUUGGAGAAAACACUAUUAGAUAUAGCUUGAUAUUCUGUUUUUUUUUCUUUCUUGUGUGGUAAACCUAAUUGUAACCCUAAUUCCAUUAUGAGUGUAGAUUACUAUGCGGUCCUGGAAAUAAACAGAAACGCAACUGAUGCAGAUAUCAAAAAGUCAUAUCGACGUCUUUCUCUGAAGUACCAUCCGAGCUCAAACAGAGGCCCCGGAAGCGCCGACAAGUUCAAUGAACUCGCAGAAGCCUACGACGUCCUAAGUGACCCUCGAAAAAAAGCAACGUAUGACAAAUUUGGAGAGGAGGGUCUAAAAGGAGGCAUCCCUGCAGAGUUUGGAGAAAAUGGUGCUUGGACAUCUGGAUAUGUCUAUCAUGGAAACCCAGAGAAAAUAUUCCGAAAGUUCUUUGGAGGUGACAAUCCAUUUGCAGACUUCUACUCAAAGGAUGGAAAUGAAGUUGCAAUUGGAUAUAAUUGCCUGCAAGGCAGAGGAGGGAAAACCCAUGAUUCCCCAAUAGAAAGAGAUCUUCAAUUGGCCCUGGAUGAUCUCUUCCAUGGAUGCACCAAGAAGAUUAAGAUAUCCCGUAGGGUUAUGAACGAGGAUGGAUACACAUCCAGCAUCAGAGACAAGAUACUGACUAUUGUUGUGAAGCCUGGAUGGAAUGAAGGCACAAGGAUAACUUUCCCCAAGGAAGGCGAUCAGGGACCAAAUAGCAUUCCUUCAGACAUUGUGUUCAUAGUGCGACAGAAGUGUCAUCCCUGGUUUGUGAGACAAAACAAUGACCUCCUCUUCACAGCCCAGAUCUCCUUGGGAAUGGCCUUGACGGGGUUCUCUUUGGAUAUAGACACACUAGAUGGCAGGAUACUCAACGUUCCUGUCAACGACAUUGUACACCCCAAGUACACCAAAGUGGUGACAGGUGAGGGCAUGCCACUGGCUAAGGAUCCCUCACAACGAGGAAACCUUAUCAUCAGUUUUGACACCACUUUCCCCCAGAAACUCUCUGCUGAAAGGAAACAUCUGAUCAAACAAGCAUUAGCUUUCUGA